AAAGAUGGAGAGAGGAAGAAAAAGAGAGAGCGUGGAGGAGAGGAGGGAGAAGCGGUUAGCCGAGCAGUCAGUGAUUCUUGAAGAUUUCCGAGUCUGACUGCGGAAUGUCUCCUCUACUUUGAGAGAGAGUGUAAUCUUUGACUCAGUUAUUCACUACUUAUUCAGCUGGGCUGAUUUACGCUUAAAAAGAAGAACCUGUCCUCUGGAUGUAGAGACGCUUCUUUCAUCGCUGCAAAAUGAGAAGGCUGUGUUUGAACUUUGCCAUCACCUGUCUGUGGCUUCUUCUUCCAGCGUUUCACCAAACAGCUGAGGACUUUCAGAGCCAGCAUUUGAGGGAAGAUGAAGGAGGAAGAGGAGACACUGAAGGAGCUGCUUUGAAGGUAAAACACAUUUCCAAAGACCUACAGAUCAUCUCCACCAAACAAAAAACACCUGCUUAUGGUUCUCUUGGGCCGUAUGGAUGGCCCCAGAACUUCUCCCAGGCUCUGGAUCAGUAUCUGUACCGCACACCUCCCAAAUCCAAACCUCCUGCAAAAACGUCCACAAAGGCCAAGAAAAUCCUCGGUUGGGGCGACUUUUAUUUCAAUGUGAAAACAGUGAAGUUCAGCCUCCUGGUGACGGGAAAAAUUGUGGAUCAUAUUAACGGAACAUUCAGUGUCUACUUUCGUCACAACUCAACCCGUCUGGGGAACAUAUCCGUCAGCAUUGUCCCACCUUCCAAAGCUGUGGGAUGGGAGUUUUUGGAUUCUGCGGUUCAGGACAUUCACACCAAAAACUCAGUCCUGGUUUCUGAUCUUACACCCCAGUUCCAGGGCCCACCUCAGUCCACCAGCUCGAUCCCUCCUGAGCAGCAGAGGCAGCAGCAGGACGUGAUGAUGGUGACUGAACUCAACUGCCGGAUAGAUUAUCAGCGAACUAACCGAUCCAAGAAGACAAAGCCCUGCUUGUACGACCCAGGGCAGACCUGCUACUCAGAAAAUACACAAUCCCAGGCAGCUUGGAUCUGUGCUAAACCAUUUAAGGUGAUCUGCAUCUUCAUAGCUUUCACCGGCACCGAUUACAGGCUGGUGCAGAAAGUCUGUCCGGACUACAACUUUCAGACUGAGCAGAAUCAGCAGCACUUUGGGUGACAGAUUCUGAGAUGCUGAAAGGAAAAUAUCAGACACUAAGCUUUCAUAUAUUGUUUAACAUCAUAUUUUUUCCAUUUCCUUGAGGAGCUUGAGAUUGACUGUUUUUAUACACCUUUAAAAACACCUUUCAAGAUGUCUGUAAGUGCAGUUUUAACCUGUAUUGAUGUAGUAGCUUUUGUUAACAGGGAAUUUUGAAAGGUGACUUUGUGCCGUCCUAAGCUGCCCACUCAUUUUCAGAAAACUCUACAUUUAAAAAAAAAAGAGAAGCGCCUUGAUCCAUGCAGUCACUUUUUGUGUAGUGUUGUAUGAAAUUUGCUUUCUGAAAAAGUUUUGAUGCAAGUGAAGAUCUGACAUUCACAGCUGAAAUAGGAAUUCUUAGCUCAUUAAUUAUGCAAGAUGCUUACAACUUUGCAUUUUUUACUGUUAAAGGACUUGCCUGUUUGAUGUAAAGUGACUACCCCAUGUUAUUAAUAAGAUACUACUUCUUUAAGACUGGCACAGAGACUGAUGAAAGGGAUGAUUGUUUUGAUCACUGUUAUCACCUAGGCAAAGUAGGCACGUACUUGGCUCCCCUCCAGAGCUGAUUUUACUUUCACCCUUUGCACCUUGGAGAGUUUUCUGUUUCCCCAGACUGUUCCCAGCUGUUACAGACAUGAUUUUUCUGUCACUACGUCAAACAGUACGGCCCCUCCUCCGAAGGGUUUCAGGUUAUUUGGGCCGGGAGGGACAGGUCACAGCAGAGCCAUGCAGGCGAAGCCUCAGUGGUGCCGGUGCGUGGACAGGCCAAGAGAGCCUGGCACAGGACGACCAAGAGAUGUGGAGACUUCUGCAGCAGGAGAAGGACAGGCAGUGUCGGGGACUUGAGCUAAUCGCAUCAGAGAACUUCUGCAGCCGUGCAGCGCUGGAGGCACAGGGCUCCUGUCUGAACAACAAGUACUCUGAGGGCUACCCUGGACAUAGGUACUAUGGAGGUGCAGAGGUAGUGGACCAGAUUGAGCUGCUGUGUCAGAAGCGGGCACUCACUGCCUUCGGUCUGGACCCAAACCUGUGGGGUGUUAAUGUCCAGCCUUAUUCAGGAUCCCCUGCAAACUUUGCAGCCUACACAUCUGUACUGCAGCCUCAUGACCGCAUCAUGGGCCUGGACCUGCCUGAUGGAGGACACCUUACCCACGGCUACAUGUCAGACAGCAAGAGAAUCUCAGCCACCUCCAUCUACUUUGAAUCGAUGCCUUACAAGCUGGAUCCUAAAACAGGUCUGAUAGAUUAUGAGCAGCUGGAGAAGACAGCCCGACUCUUCAGACCCAGACUCAUCAUAGCAGGAACCAGCGCCUAUGCUCGCCUCCUUGAUUACCCUCGCAUGAAGAAGCUGUGUGUGGAGCUUAAUGCCUACCUGCUGGCAGACAUGGCUCAUAUCAGUGGCCUGGUGGCAGCAGGAGCUGUUCCCUCUCCUUUCCAGCAUGCUGACCUGGUAACCACCACUACCCAUAAGUCUCUGCGUGGAGCCAGGGCUGGUCUGAUCUUCUUCCGGAAAGGUGUGCGGUCUGUGGAUAAGAAAGGUCGGGAGGUGACCUACGACCUCCAGGACAGGGUGAACUUUGCUGUGUUCCCAUCACUUCAGGGAGGACCUCACAACCAUGCCAUUGCUGGGGUGGCUGUUGCCCUCAGACAGGCUUCCACUCCAAUGUUCAAACAGUACAUCGCUCAAGUGAUGCUGAAUGCCAAGGCAAUGGCUAACAUUCUACUGAAGAGAGGCUACACUCUGGUGUCAGGUGGAACAGACAACCACUUGGUUCUGGUUGACCUUCGACCUCGUGGAAUAGAUGGGGCUCGAGCUGAGAGGGUCCUGGAGCUGGUGUCCAUCACCGCCAACAAGAACACCUGCCCUGGAGACAAGAGUGCUCUCACUCCUGGAGGACUCAGACUUGGUGCUCCAGCUUUGACGUCCCGACAGUUCAAGGAGGCAGACUUUGAAAAGGUUGUGGAGUUUUUCGAUGAGGGGAUUCAGAUUGCUCUAGAUGUGAAAAAGAAGACUGGAAAUCUGGCCAGCUUCAAGUCUUUCCUGCUGGAGGACUCAGAGACAGUGUCACGUCUAGCAGAGCUCCGCCAGCGGGUGGAGCUAUUUGCCAGGCCCUUCCCCAUGCCUGGAUUCACUGACCACUAAUAGCACCUCACGCAGAGAGGAAGGACCCCAGCAGAGCUUGGACACAGUGAUUAGGACAGUAAUGUAGUGGUCUUUGAUUAUUAUUUUUUUUUUACAAUGCUCGUCAAAAAAACAUCGCUUCAUGUUAAUUUCAUGUCAGUUGGUCAUGUGACCUGAAAAUCCACUUGUGAAAUUAUAUCUGAAAAUUAACACAAGAUGUAAUAGUAUGUAUGAACAUAUGACUGAAAAUUCAUUAAUUGGUUACAUUAUGAUUAUAAAAUGCAGUUUAUAAACCAUGAAGCCAAAAAUAAAUCAACAACAAACAGUUUUUAAUUGUUUUAAUCAAAUGAAAGUAUUAAUGUAUGAGUCAACUCUACUAUCUCUCCUCCUGUUGGCACUUCUUGGUGUUUAAACAGUUCAUCAAUUAUAGUAUAGAAAAGCAAUGUUGUAUUAAAAAAACCUUUACUGGAAAAGUUAUCAAAAAAUACUGUAUGUUAAUCCUAACAAUGUGUUUAUAACAGCAUGAUAGUGUUUAAAACAUCUUUAUCAGGUUUACACAGCUCUCAUUAAUACUUAACCUGGGAAAUGUAAGUGUUUCCUUAUAGCCUGAUGUACCUGUAGUGAAAUCGCACCAUAAUAAUGCAGCGAUGUUGAAAUUUUGUAUAACUUUCUGGAGUAGUGUGUUAAAAUUCUCAUGAGGCACUGAAAGCAAUCAUUGUUAAACCUACUUUGAUUCUCUCUUAGCAGUUUUUAAUGCAGUGGAUGGAUAAUGAUGCUUUCAACUGAGAUCGUUUACAAAGGCUUCAAAUGUUACGUAACUCAGUAGCUAUCUUGCUUGUAAUCUAUCUAAACCAGCUACACUUGCCCGAAUAACAUUGUCUGCCUCUCAGACAGGACUGUUAGCAGCGCGGCAGAAGCUAGUAGGAGCAGAUAGGAUUAUGUAUUUAGUUUUAAGCCUUAAUGGAGACUUAUCAAUGUCAUGCUUUGCCCCAUGUCUUGGGAAACUGAACACGGACUCAGUCUACACCCAAAAACUAGAGAUCAACAGCUGAUAUACUGCACAUACUAUAUUUUGAAGCAGUUUUUAUGAAUAAUGAUGACAUCCUUUAACUUUGAUUUGCAGCGUAAGGGAUCUGUAAAGAAUGUACAAUGUCUAACAGUGGAAUUUUAUUGCAAUAAAAUGAUAAUGAAUGUUUGAAC